UUAACCAAACAAUUGAAUAUAAACAAAUAGUGUUCUGAAAACGUGAUGAUCCGUAAAUUUUCAACUGCUUUAAGACCGUCACAAAUUCCUAGACCUUCUAUAGAAAAGCCUCUUAUAACUUGUAAAAAUGCCAGAUUUAAUUUAUAUUUGAGUCAUGUUCGGGAUACAAAAGUCAAAUUUAAAAGUAUACCUUUAGCUUCAGAUGGUUGGUAUCACCGUAAAUCUAAAGGGGAUUUUUUCUUGAUUCAUCCAACAGUAGAAGGAAUAUUGGAGAAUGCUUAUCAAGUAUCCAGCAUUUCUAACGAAAUAAAUAGUGAGAUACUAAAAAAUUUGGAAAAUGAAUUUGAAAUAGAAAAUUUAACCGACAUCCAAGUUAAAAGUAUUCCACAAAUUAUCAGCGGAAAUCAUGUUUUGAUAGCUGCCGAAACCGGUUGUGGUAAAACGUUAGCGUAUUUGAUACCAAUUAUACAAAAUAUACUUAAUACAAAAGAAAAAUUAAAAUCAAGAAAAUUAAACUCGCCUUUGGCAAUGAUUCUAACUCCAGGCCGGGAGCUAGCUACUCAAAUAUCAGAAGUGGUUUCGAAGCUUACAAAAAAUACAGAUUUAAAAGUAAAGGCUGUUUUAGGAGGAAACACAAAACAACAAAUGAAAAAUCCUGAAUUUGAAGACAUUGAUAUAUUUGUUGGCACAAUGGGGGCUACUACUAAAUUAGUUACAACAGGUAUAUAUAGAAUAAAUGAAGUGAGACACGUAGUAUUGGACGAAGCCGAUACUCUUUUAGAUAAUAGUUUUAAAGAAAAAUUAAAUAUUUUCUUAAAAAAAUUUCCGUUUUAUAAAAUCAGUUCAGAAUUGAAAAAUUCAAAUGAAAUUGCAACACAAUUGAUUUUGGUUUCUGCUACUAUGCCAACAAAUUUAAGAGAUCUUCUACUCAACAUAAUUGAUACUGAAACUAUAUAUGAAGUUGUAAGUCCAAACUUACACAAAUUACUUCCUCAUGUUCAGCAAAAAUUUUUACGAAUGAACAAAUCAGACCGUCCAGCUGCUUUAGUUUCUUUAGUAAAAUCAGAAUUGAAUAAAAAUCGCCCAAUAAUAGUUUUCGCUAAUAAAACUCCAACAUCUGAUUUUGUGUCGAUAUUUUUAAACGAAUCUGGUGUUAACUGUAUAAACUUAAAUGGUGACAUGUUAAUGAAAGUUCGUAUUGGACGAUUUGAACAAUUUCAAAAAGGAAAUGUUGAUGUUUUAGCUACAACUGAUGUUGCAAGUAGAGGUUUAGACACAAAAAGAGCUAGACAUGUAAUUAAUUUUGAUUUUCCAAUACAUAUGUCUGAUUAUAUACAUAGAUGUGGUCGAAUAGGAAGAGUCGGAACUUUAGAAAAAUGUUUUGUUACAAACUAUAUUUCGGGUCGUAGUGAAAUAUCAACGGUACAGAGAAUUGAGCAUGCAGCUCGAACAGGUGGAUAUCUACCAAAUGUUGAUGCAAAUAUCACACAAAUAAUUGAACAAAAAAUAUUAAAGGAACUAGGCGAUAUUGAUGAAAGUACAUUUUAAAACGUACACUGUUAAUUUAUAAAAAUUUGUAAAAUAAAAUUUUUUAU